GCUGGAGGAAGCAAGGGAAAAACUCCAUUAAAAACCCCAGCUUUCCUCCAUGUUAGAUGUGAAGUGGAAAAUGGGGAAGAUUUAGCGAAAUUCCACUGUGUCUUCAGCCAGGCUUGGAGAACAGGAGAGCAGAGUGAAACCCUCAGGCUGUUGAAAUUUCUAGACUCCCAGGAAGCCCCUAGAAUUUGGUGAAAAAUGAGGAUUCAUAACUCAAACUGAUGAGGGCAAGGGGCAGAUGCUUUUAAUCAUUCUCCCCAGUGUGUGUUACCUUUCUUGACCAGUAUGGUAAGCAAGAGGGCACAUGCCAGCCGCCUCGGACAAGUCUGCAUGAUCCGAGUUCCCCAAAGUAAGACAGAGUGACCUCAAGCCUGCGGCUCGCUUCAUGGGCUUUGGGAGAAGCAGGAGAAGCAACGGCAGAGGCACAGUCACAGCAGCUGGAGCCGUGAGAAUGAACUGCCAGGAGGGAAAUGACAGCAGCUGCGGCUGCGGUGGCCGCGAGGAGAAGAAGAUGCUGAAGUGCGUGGUGGUAGGGGACGGCGCCGUGGGGAAGACCUGCCUGCUCAUGAGCUACGCCAACGACGCCUUCCCCGAGGAGUACGUGCCCACUGUGUUCGACCACUAUGCAGUUACUGUGACAGUGGGAGGCAAGCAACACUUGCUCGGACUGUAUGACACCGCAGGACAGGAGGAUUACAACCAGCUGAGGCCGCUCUCCUACCCCAACACGGAUGUGUUUUUGAUCUGCUUCUCCGUCGUAAAUCCUGCCUCUUAUCACAAUGUCCAGGAGGAGUGGGUCCCGGAGCUGAAGGACUGCAUGCCUCACGUGCCUUACGUCCUCAUAGGGACCCAGAUUGAUCUCCGAGAUGACCCCAAAACCUUGGCCCGUUUGCUGUAUAUGAAAGAGAAACCUCUCACUUACGAGCAUGGUGUGAAGCUUGCAAAAGCGAUUGGAGCACAGUGCUACUUGGAAUGCUCGGCCCUGACUCAGAAAGGUCUCAAAGCCGUUUUUGAUGAAGCGAUCCUCACCAUUUUCCAUCCCAAGAAAAAGAAGAAACACUGCUCCAAGUGUCACAGCUGCUGUUUAAUUAUCUGAGGUAGCUUGAGACCCACCUCCACCGCAUCUAAGGGUAAGAAUGGCAGCCAACCUCCGAGACCCAGCUCAAGCCAAAAGGAGGGCAUGACCAGAGAGGAAGUCCCUGACACAGAGGCUUGCUCCUUCGCCCUGUGAGCCCUCCCAAACACGGCACACUAUCAGCCAACUGCCACAUCCUCCCUACCAGCCAGAAGCAUCCACGUUGCACACUCUACGAGAAUGCUGAGCCCGGAUUCCAGCCCGUGCCACUGCUGACCACGCAGGAAACAAAGUCAAAGGCCAUCUUGCAUUUUUCACCGCCCCCUCCAAGAACAUGAAGCUGAUAGGAAAUCAUCACAGGAAAAACAAAAAAAGAACUCGGUUCCUGUAUUGGUGGCCUUACUUGAUGUCUUUUACAAAACAUGGGAAUACAGUACUAACCUUUUUUUUUUCUGAAUCUGCUCUUCUACUAUGUGUCUUACAUUCAUUUGUAUUAUUUUAAGAAAUUUACUAAUUUACCAGUUUACUCAGGCCUUAUAAAUCCACACCAAAUUAGCCUAAAGACAAAGGGUUUUACAUCCAUUCCUAUUUCAGCAUGUUUCUACCAAAGCUAUUAAAACCAACACGUACCUCUGAAUGCCUGACUAUAAGGAGAUACAAGAAAAUGUUGAAACUUUUGGAAAUAUAUGGAGCCAUAAUUUUUGAAACUGAUUGAAAGAAAACACCAUCUGAAUUAUUGCAGGUCCACAUUUUUUGCCUAAGAUUCACCCCAGAUAUGCUUACGUUGAUAGGUAGCCUUAUUUUUUCCACAUUAUAUUGUGAUGGAAAAUUGCAAAUGAACUGUGUUUAAGAAAGUAGUAUUUCUGCUUUUCAGUCAAACUGAUUGGGGAGAGAAUGUGGCAGACCUAUAUUUUAAAAGAUGCUUUAUUCAGCAAAGUGAACUUUCCUGCUCCCUCCCUUCCCCAUUGCAUGCCCCUUUCCUUUCUUGAUUUCACACUCUCUCCCACACCCAAUAAUAACUUUAUUCCAAAGAAGGAUCGGGCCAUGGGGCAUGAAAAAGUUAAGUGUUUAAAAGUCCCCAAAGCUUAAGCAAAGUGCCUCAAUUCUCCCUCUCACUUCAACUGGAAGUGCUUCUCUCCUUGUCCAUGGGAGCUCCCAUUCUUUUUAAAUGAUAUUUUCCAAGUACAACUGGUACUAAAAUACUGCCCCUCCCUAUUUCCUGUACUCAUUGUCCCAAAUGUGUAUUUCAGGGCUAGAUCCAAGGGUACCAAGCUCUGGAUCCCCUGCUUCCAAAAUGAUAUGCUCCAUGGAACAGGGACUUUGGCCUUGGGGAAGUGACUCUUCCAAACAUCCAGGGAUUCUUGUAUCGCAGAGUAAGUUAUUUCCUAGCUUUUAAUUAGAGACUGUGAAGGCUUCUAAUUAGUCUUAUUUGCUUACAGUUACUCUGGAAACACCCAGGUAGGCACUUUAUUUUUUAUUUCAAUUGCAUAAGCAGAGUGCCUCUUUGCAGCAUGAAAUUACGCAAAUUUUAGUUUAAGAAUUUCCAGAUUCACACCUCCUGUUGGAAAAAUCCAGUCUUCCCAGUUCCCUGUGCUCCUGGAGGAAGCAUAUUAAAAAAGAAGUGUGUGGUGUGGGUCUUUUCUGUUAAGACCUUCCAUGAAACCCCCUCAGUUUGGGGGGUUUUGUUUGUUUGUUUAGAAUUUUUGAAAUGUGCUUUCCCUACUACAUUUCAAGUUUUAUUUCCCCUCUCCCCUAUCUAGUUGCUAAACAUUUUCUUGAACACACACACACACACCCCCAACCUAAAAGAAAACGGGAGUUUUGUAAGUCAAAGCUUGACAUUUAGAGAAAACAAUGACUUUCUCUCUUUGUAAAUGGAAAUCAACCAUGUAUAAACUAUAACUCUGCAGAGGUUAUGAAUUCAUCCUUUACAAACAAUAAUGAGCAUUUAGCCCUAUAAUAAAUGAAGUGCCAUUAGCUGGUUUUGUUACGUUAUUGUGUGGUCGCGUCUUGCUGUCUUGCUAUAGAGCCACUCCUCACAUCUCAUUGAUGUGGAUGAAAAAUUGAGAGCAGUAUGUUUGCUCGGCCAAGGAGAAUUUUCCAGAUGUGUGCACUCAACAGGCGAACGGUUCCCCAGGCCAUCACCUCCCUCAUGGGCCACAGAGAUUAACUUGUUCAUGGUGGGAGAUCUCUCUCUCACCUGGAACCAGAACCUGUAGAGAGACUGUUAGUGUCUGUGUGGCACACAGGCUCUUAGCAGUCUUAUGAGCUAAUUGUUGAAUAAA